AUGAACGGAAGUGAGGCCCCGCGACAGAGUGAGGCCACGCGACAGAGUGAGGCCACGCGACAGAGUGAGGCCACGCGACAGAGUGAGGCCCCGCGACAGAGUGAGGCCACGCGACAGAGUGAGGCCACGCGACAGAGUGAGGCCACGCGACAGAGUGAGGCCACGCGACAGAGUGAGGCCACGCGACAGAGUGAGGCCACGCGACAGAGUGAGGCCCCGCGACAGAGUGAGGCCACGCGACAGAGUGAGGCCACGCGACAGAGUGAGGCCACGCGACAGAGUGAGGCCCCGCGACAGAGUGAGUGA